AUGCAGCGCUCUACGGAUAAGCCGCGCCUUAGCGAUAAUGAGAUAACCGCCGCUUAUAAUAGCGAAAGCAAGGACUAUGUUGGUCGAGAAUACCCACCGUCGCCCAAAACCUACGAUGACCGGGGCUUGCUGAGAUUCGUUUUCAUUGGCUGGGCAAAAUCAUGGGUGAACUACAUCUGCACUCAUUUUGUCACCCCGGAGACUGUGCACCGGCUCCCGAAAGCCGACCAGAUCUCGUACUGGCAGCCGAUACUGUCGAAACACAUCAGCGACGGACUGCUCAGAUUGGAGAAGGCUGAGUCGGAUGCGGUACUAAAGAACGAUGCCUCUAAGAGGACAACGCCAUAUCGCAGCGUACUUCUUCGUGCAAUCCUGCUCACCUUCUGGCGGCGCAUAGUGCUGACGCUGUUGUUGAUGAUGCUGAUGAGCAUAACCACCGUUGGGACCGUCGUGCUUCUGAAGCAUCUGCUGAAAACAUUAUCUCAGAAGGAUCAAGUAUGGGGUAAUAUUGUCGGAGUUGUAUUAUCGAUAGUAGGUGUCGAGGUAUUAAGCACUUUUCUUGACCAGCACACGAACUUGUACAACAUGCGUCUGCAAAAUGUCAUGGAAGUGGCAAUAUCGCUCACGCUUUUCCAGCAUGGUUUGUGCCAUCGCAAGGACUAUACAAACGCGAUGCAGCGCUGCGCCGUUCGUGAGGGGUGCAAAGGCGCUGUUCAUUCGUGGCCACCGGUGAAUGACAGUUGUUGCGAAGACCCCCUCGUAUGCCCGGCCCGACGUCACAAAAACAACGAGCUCCCACCAAGCAUGUACACGUUCCUAUUCGUCGACACAUAUUUCAUAAUAUCUCUCGUGGACGCCACCGUGAUGCUUAUGCGCUUCGCGUGCAACAUGACUCUGGGCAUGGUUCUCAUAUACACCCAAACAGGCAUGAGCGUCCUAUGGCCCAUGCUUGUUAUCGUCGGCAUCACGCUUCUCAUGGUGCUUGUGGAAGCUGUGAACGGGCUCAACAUAUCGCACGCUCUCCAAUCAAAGGACGAACGUAUUUCAAAAAGUUCGGAAAUUAUCGGCUCCAUGAAGUUGUUGGAGAUGAUGGGCAUCGAAGAUGUCGGGUAUGAGAUAAUGAAAAACAGCCGUGAUGAUGAGCUGUCGGUGCUGCAAACUCGUUUAACGUUUUUCUCGAUCAACAGGUCCUUAAUGCGGGUGAUAGGUACUGUUGUCUACCUGGUUGUUAUCAUUGAUUUCAUAAGGAAGUUGAAGAUAGCCCCAAACGACAGCAGUUUUGACAUAUCUGCGCCGAUCACCUUGCUUCACAUAGUUAGCACCAUCGUUGGAUCCUUCGACCACCUGCUAAAAAGUUUGAAGAUGGUCGUGGAAGGGGUGGCAUCCAUGCGCAGAGUGGAGAGGUUCAUUCGCGAGUGCUCUCCUAACUUCUAUGCGACGAGACCGGAGGCUCAUUCUGACACACUGGAGAAUGAGUUGACAGUACAUGACCCAAGAGGAGAUUCGACAAUGCAUUACUACACAUUAGUGCUGUUUAAGAAUGCUUCUUUCAGUUGGCUUGCCAGCAGGCAAGAUGCACUGACUCCAAAGGAUACGGAUUCUUUUGUGCUUGCCAAUAUUACCUUCGAGCUGGAGCGUGGCGAUGUGAAGAUCAUCACCGGCAACCAGGGUUGUGGUAAAACUAGCUUCAUCAAAGCGAUGCUGGGCGAGAUGAGUCUGGUGUCGGGUAGCAUGGCGGUUGCUCCGCUGUCAACGGGUAUGCCCAUUUUCUACACAUCGCAGGAGGUGUGGCUGCCGAGCGGUAGCAUCCGUUCGAUCAUCACGUUCGGGUACGCGUUCGACGAGGACAUCUACCGUCAGGUGACGUGUGCGGUUGAGCUGGAGUCUGACUUUGCUUCUUGGGAGGAUGGCGACAUGCGUGUGAUCUCCGAGAAGGGCUAUUCGCUGAGCGGCGGCCAGCGCGUGAGGCUGAGUCUGGCGCGUGCUCUCUACGCGUACUUGAUAUUCAGCAAGGCCAACGAACGCUUGGUCGGCGACCGGUGCUGCUUCUUGGUAUGCCUGGACGAGCCUUUCAACGGGUUGGAUCCGGCCGUCGCAGGCACCAUAUUCAACAACCUCUUCAACAAGGAGACGGGCUUGCUCGUAAGGGAUGACGUCGCCGUAGUCAUGGCAAUGUCACCUGUGACUAUUUCCAUAUGCACUUCACUCGACAUAUUAGAUAACCUGGUAGAAAUCCAUGUCCACAACAUUACUGGAGGCCAGGUAUCCAUAAUGGAUUUCAUGGGGAAACAGCCACCAGGCGGAAUCAAGCCUCACGUCGGCCCAUAUGAGGACAAAAUAUCAGAGUUAGAAAACAAAGGCCCUUACAACAGUUUUGCAACCUUAAGAAAGAGUAAUUUGAUGGAUUCGAAGCAAUACGGUUUUGUGAAGGGCAUACAGACACGUAGAGCAGAAGAAGACCAUGAAAUGCACAAUUCGCCAGGGGACGUGGAGGCCCAGAACAAAAAAUGUCUAACAGGUCCUGCAUAUGGGACUUACAUUUCUGCAAUGGGCAUAUGGUACAGUGUUGCAGUUUCAGUGCUGUUAACUUCGGGGGUUGCUUUAGACAAGGUUUUCGGAGUUCUCGUGGCCCGCUGGUCAGACCUCGUCAAGAGGUUGGAAAACCAGGAAGGCGAUGACAUACUGAAGGCGAAUCAAAUAAUGAGCGAACACGAAGAGACUGCGCGAAAAAUGGGAAUCCUGGCCACAAUUUUCAUCAUUCUCAUCUUUGCGGGGAUGUUCACCGCCAUAUUUGCGAACAUCCGCGCAUCCAGGAGGAUACACGAAUACAUCAUGAAUUCUCUGUUUAACAAGUCUUCCACCGAGGCUAAAGUGAAGGGUUCGUUGGCAACUACAGUGACGUUUCUGUCAUCAGAUAUAUAUUACAUAGAUGAGCACAUUGGACGAUUCAUCGUGGCUACACUCUUCUCCUUACUGAGCAUCUGUGUGCAGUUCAUCACCAUUUGUUACUCCACCCCUAUUCUGUCCCCCAUACCAAUUGUGAUUAUUAUUGUCCUAUAUUUCUUUGUUUGUAAAUCUUAUCUCAUGGCUUCGAAGAAGUUGCAAUGGGUAAUGUUGGAAGCCAACAAUUCUAUAAACGCAGUAUAUGGUGAUGUAAUUUCUGGUUCUGAAAUUUACAGGAGCUUCCGAAGGGAGCAGCUGUGCGUGGACCGUGUCCGCGAUUAUUCGGAGAGCUUUUUCGGUAUAAAGUUUCUUAAGAUAGCCGUCACUUCGUGGGCCAUGUUGACAUGUAAGCUUUUCAUAUCCUUUAUGGUUUUAAGUGCUGCCUUCGUGCCCGUUUUAUAUGCGUAUGUAAGGGGAGUGGAGUUGAAGGUGGCUCAAGUAGGCUUAGGGAUUUCGUAUUCUUUGGGCAUAAACGCCCUACUUAAUACCUUCAUUUUUAACUUUUCCAUGCUGGAAAAACAAAUGUGUUCCAUGGUCCGUUUCCGGGAAUAUUUCCUCCAGACCAAGAUUCGUUUGGAUGCCGUUGACAAGAAAGUAGAGAUGGUGCCAUGUAGUUCCUCGCUACGUGAGAACGCCGAACAUAUGCAUAAACAUUUGAUCGAACUUAUACAGCGUCGGAAACAUGAGUUCCGCCAAUGUAUGUUCAGGAGGUAUAGGUCCAUUAUCAGCACACUACUAUAUCGUCCGAAAUUUGAAUUUGUGGACAUCGGCGACUACUUUGCAGGGGAGCACAUGAGCCUCGAACUGGAUAAUGUUAUGGUGCCAGAACCUGCUGAGGAAUUCAACGCCAACAAGAAUUACAUCCUGAAGGGCGUGACUGCGAGCACUCGUGCUGGCGAUGUGGUUGGUAUAGUGGGUCGUACUGGCGCUGGUAAGAGUACGCUGUUGAGUGUGCUGCAGAACAUUGCAUCGAAAAGGGAAGGAUCCGUGUUGCUCGACGGUCGGGAGUUGAACAGCAUCCCUCGUAAGGUGCUGCGCCACAUCAUCGGCGUGUUGCCCCAGAUGCCUUUUGUGUUCAAGGGGUGGACCCUGCGUCGUUUCCUGGACCCGCGUAUGUUGCACUCUGACGAGGAGAUCUUGCACGCCCUGGAGUGCUGCGGCUUGUUGGACAUGGUCAAAUCUCUGCCUGGCACCGAUCCGCUGGACGCUGUAUUAGCGCACGAGGACAUACGGGUGCAAAGGGGCUACUACGUGAUAAUUCCCCUGAUACGUCUGAAGCGUGGACUCACUUCAACCCGUUCCGAUGACGGCGAGGGAGGCGUGUCGGGUGAGCGUCCCGAUGGCAACGUGGCGUGCUUCUCGAUGAGCCAGCUGCGGUCGCUGUCGUUUGCUCGUCUGGUGCUGUAUCGCAUGACUUAUCGCAUUCUGCUGAUCGACGAGCCGCCCUCCGACAACUGCGCGGGUCACGAGGAUGCGGAUCAGGCAGGUGGCAGCCCGUCCGGGGCUGAGGCAUCGAGCGACGCGUCAGUGCCCAUCUACGACCUGGUGCGGAUGUUCUUCAGCCACUGCACGACGUUCAUCGUGGCGCAUGACAAGAACGUGCUGAGGUCGUGCACGUCGGUCUGGCUGAUGCAGAGCGGCACGCUAGUCGAACGCUGCUCCACACAAGAAUUCAUGGCCAGGGGGAUGCCAUCGACUGGCGUCACAGACGCAGAAUGCUGCAGUCCUUUGCGGCUAUAUUAA